AUUGUAAUUAGCACUCAGUCAAUCCCAGUUGUGGAACACAAGCAGCCACCAAGAUGCAGGAACUAAUCAAACAGGCCCUGCGCUUGUUUGUACUUCUAGGAAAACAAAAUCAAAGUCAUGGCGGGAUUUUUGUUCUUCUUUGGACGGAAUCUGGAGCAGCAAACUGUACUGUGGCAGCUGCUGGUCCCAAGUGGAAAGGCGUGAGAAUGGAGGCACUCCAAAGUGUCCUCACAGAUUUGGGGUUUCUCUCUUCGGGACCUUCUGCUGAUCCUGACCCAGAAGAACUUUGUGCUUUCACUGAGCUGCACGGCUCCCUGAGAUUACUGCUGUCCUUUCAGGUCAAAGAUGCAAGACUCUUCACUCCUGACUGGCUCUCUGGAAUCCAAGCUUUCCUGCACACAUUUAGCCAGGCCAACGCACAGACCACAGUGCACCUGACAUGCAGAGUCCCUCAGCUGACCAUGCAGCAGCAAUUCAGAGCGACCUUUACGAGGAAAGUGAAAGUGGGAGAGCAGCUGUCGCUGACCUUGGAUGUCACCUGCAGUUCACCUGUGGACAAGCAGGUGAAGGAGGUCUGGUGUCAUGGCGGCCACCCCGUCCUGGGCAGCAUGUUGGCACUCAGCAUUCCUCCUGACGCCAUGGACCACGGCCUGUGCGGCCAGCUCGGCAUGCGUGUUGUGACUCUGCUCAGUCCUUGUCUGCUGCAGUACCCCAACCUCCGGGCCACGCUCACACAUCUUCAAGUGUUGGCGUACAGCCCGGCCAAUCUUCCCAUCACGUUGCCAGUACCCUUCCUCCAGAACCUUCCGGCUGGUCUGGACUGCCAGGAAGUGAGCCUCAGCAGCCCCUCCUACGCAGGUCCCUCACAUCACGGCGGGGUGGUGUACACUGUGGAGCAGGAAUCAGGCCAUGAACCGAAGAAAAAGUUCCAUCCCGUGGGACAGAAACUGUCCAUCUUCCUCUUCCUGCAGCACACCGACCCUUUUGCCUCGACUAUUUCUGACUUCAUGGUCACCGAGGUGUUGAUGGAGCGCCACCUGGACCACAUUCUGAGCAACAACAGCAGGACGCUCACCGCAGUGCUGCAGGAAGAGUUGGCAAACACUCUGAAGGCUCAACAUGGCAGAAAGCAGGACCAAGAGAAGAUGCUCACGGCCACUGAGGUCCUGCUCAGCUCCACCAUCAGCAUCGUCACCUGCAGCACCAACCAGGACUUCAGGAAGGACUGUAUGAGUCGCAUGCAGGUGUGCGACACUCAGCAGCUGUGGGCGUCUCUGCGUGAAGCCCUGCUGAGGGUGACAUCAUGGAGGUGUGUCCCGAGGAGCAGGUGCUACUCUGCUGCUCAGGUGGAAGAGCACCUGGAAAGUGCUCAUUAUUAGACAAUCAAUCCUCACUUCAACACAUAACACAUUGGAUGCAUUUCCAAGUCAUGGUUUAUAACAUACACUUUCAUUUUCAUUUCAUUUCCCUCAAUAUUACAUCAAAUACAUUUAAUAAUAUUUCAAUCUUGUCCAGUUGAACAUCCUAUUAACAUUAUGUGUUAUUGUGCCUCCCAUUAUAAUAUAAACUAUCUUGCCGUUUACAAAACAAUAUGAAUGAAUGCGAGUGUGAAUGUCGUACAUCUGUGUUGGCCCUGUGAUGAGGUGGCGACUUGUCCAGAGUGUACGCCGCCUUCCGCCCCAAAGCAGCUGGGAUAGGCUCCAGCAACCAGAGGUGGGACCAAGUCAUUGCUUUGCAAGUCACAAGUAAGUCUCAAGUCUUUGCCCUCAAGUCUCGAGUCAAGUCCCGAGUCAAGACAGGCAAGUCCCGAGUCAAGUCCAAAGUCAAGACUAGAAAGUCUCAAGUCAAGUCCCAAGUCCUGCAUUUUGAGUUUCGAGUCCUUUCAAGUCCUUUUAACCACAGACUAAUAUUUUUACACAGAUUGUGUAUGCUUUUAAAACGCUGUAUUUAUUUAUUAAAACAAGUGCAUUUGAAAUUGCAGGAAAAAAAAUGGUGCUGACAUUGCAAUUCAUAAUAGCACUAUUAACCAGUCAUUUUAAUAGUUUAAACAAUUUUAAACAUUUAACUCAUUCCUUUACAGAAUAAACACAUUUGCAAAAACAAACAUUAACAUACUAUUGGUUGUAUUUUAUGAAAAUAACAUUACCACAAAGUUGAGAAGGAGCAAAGAUCUUCAAUAUUUGUAUGUGAGAAUCACAAAGAAAUCUUCUGGGGGAGGAUGACGCCCCUACAGGGGCUUGGUUUACAAACUUUCAGCCCCACCUAAAACAAAAUUCACCAGCCGCCACUGAUUAUGAUGCAUUCUCAUUUUAGGCAAAGUAUAAGACAAUACUUUCUUAACAGUAUAAUUGUAACCAGGAAUAAGUCUUCAAGUAACAAUAUUCAAAUACUAACAUUGUUGGUUAAGACAGCAUUUGGUUUUAUUCUGAAUCCAGUGAAACAGAUUGGUGGUUUUAGCUGAUAUAAAGACUUUCAGGUGUUUAUAUAUGUUUAAGUAUUUGGCAGACGCUUUUAUCCAAAGCGACAUACAUAAAAAAUAGAUAUAAAACAAUCACUGUAAACAUGAUCAUUCAAGGGAAGAAUGUAAUACAAAAUAUCAAUACAAAGUGUCAAGACAGAAUAAACUCUCUGCUGCUGCAGCAACAUAGUUACAGUCUAUAGGUCCCUAAAAUAUAUAGAUAUCUAAUGUAUUCAUACAUUGUUUAUGUAGGAUAUACGCAUGUAUAUAUAAUCUAAUCAUAUUGUUUCUUCAACUUAAAAAUAGCUGACCGUUUUUUUCCCUCUUCUCUGGGCUUAUAUUCCCAGUUUUGAUCUCGGACGUCUGGUCAUUUAUAGCGUAUAAGAAUAUUAUAUUACUGUUAAGCAAACUAUGAAUAAUAAAAACGCCAAAACAUGUGUCCGUUAUCAUAGCUACACGUAUGACAAAAAAAACGCGUGAAAAUCAGUGGUAUUCAGUGAGGUAAGAUGAAUUAAAUUUGCUGACAGUUCAUUGCUCCUGCCAAAUGAAUUGCACUGAGUGGAGCGGAUCACCACUCCAAGAUGGCGGCUCCGCGUCUCGUCUGCGCCAGUAGGCCGUAGCGCUCAAUGCUGCGUACCCUUAUAAGAUGUCUAUGGUUAUAACGUUAGCAGUGAGUUUACAGCCUCACUGAUUUAACUACACAGCAAAUAAAAGUCAUGUUACUUAGCCAAUAAACGUUAUUUUACAUUCAAAACUUACCCUUCUUUGUGCAACUUCAAAUGUCGAACGAAGUUGGAAGUUGUUGCGUCUCCGUCUGUAAUAUUCGAACUGCGUGAUUUGCAUACGGCAAUUCGUUUUUUGUUGACCAAGUUGUAGUUUUUAUACCCGAACGAAACCAACUUUGGCAUAAUUGUUUCUCACUGCCGCAUUGUUUGACAACUCAUGUUCGGUGGUUGUCCUGCAAUUGGAUUGUAUGAGAGCUGUGGGAUGAAAACAACGUAGAUUUAAUUUGAUUGGCUGUUGUACUGACAGCACACACGCUGACAAGCAGCACACACGCUUAUAGACACAGACGUAUAAAAUGAAAGAUACGGAGCGCUCCCAAAUAACUUUUUAAGGUUUGGGUUUUGGGGAAAGUAGCAAGUCAUGUCAAGUCAAAAGCCUCAAGUCCAAGUGAAGUCACAAGUCAUUGAUGUUAAAGUCUAAGUCGAGUUGCAAGCCUCUUUACAUUUUGUCAAGUCGAGUCUAAAGUCAUCAAAUUCAUGACUCGAGUCUGACUCGAGUCCAAGUCAUGUGACUCGAGUCCACACCUCUGCCAGCAACCCCCGCAACCCUGAGAGGGACAAGCGGUUAGAAAAUGGAUGGAUUAAAUGAAUAUCAUUUGUGUUGUAAACAUCUUUAUUAUCUCUGUUGAACUAGCUUGGAAAUGGAAGUAUAGUUUUAGAGAUCUGUUAAUUGUGUAAUUUGUAUCUUUUGUAUUAUCUCACUUCUUCUAACAAUUGACUAAAGUAUUGCUGUUUUUUUAUUGUCAUC